AUGUUUGCUGAAACCGGACACCUGCAGUACUUCAGCCAAAGCUCCAGUCACUCAGUGAAAACUGUUUAAAAGGGAAAAGGAUGAGCUUUGAGCUUCCAACUGGAGACUUCAUUCCCCAAACCCCCAGCUUCUAGUCUUUCUGCAAUCAGAAACCCCCAAAUCAGGACUGGCAUAAAUGAAUAAACUACAAAGAAAGCCAGAAGAAAAACCAGCGUGGAAGUGUCCCGUCAAACUCUCGUCAUUCACAGUGUAGGAUUGUGUGUUGGGCUCAUAGUUAUAUGCACAACUGUUGUUUUUAUGAGAAACUUCUUUUUGGACCAUUUUUAGAAGCUUAUCCAAUGCGUCAGAAGGCAGUCGGUGCUUUCUGUCCCUCAGCUAAGGAGUCACGUUGUGAUUAAAGGACCAGGUUUUUGACUGCCGGGACAAAUGAAUACAAAUGAAUCUAGGGACCCGAAGGAGAGAUUGCACAACCUCUCAACUCGCUACAAAGAGAGCCCUAAUUCUCUGUACUGUUUUGUAUUGUACUUGUUACCUGGGACUUGCACAAGUACAUCCUGAAGAUGUGGACAUCCUCCAAAGGCUGGGCCUUGCAGGAAAGAAAGCACAAACGCCUUCAGCAGCGUCCCGUUCGGUUCCUCAGGGAGUCAUUCCUUUCAAAUCUGGCGUCAUCUUCACCCAGCGGGCGCGGAUCGAGGCGCCCGUCACCGCAGUCAUUCCAGCUGCUUUCGGCACGAACUUUGCUUUGAUACUGAGCCUUUGCUCCCAUCGUAUUAACAAUGCUUUUUUAUUUACUGUUAAAACUAAAAAGAAGAAACUGCAGCUGGGGGUGCAGUUUAUACCUGGUAAAAUUAUAGUAUAUUUAGGUCAUAAGAAAUCUGUAUAUUUUGAUUAUGACGUUCACGAUGGCCAGUGGCACAAUUUGGCCAUUGACAUCAGAGGCCAAAAGGUCACUUUAUAUACUUCUUGUGGGAAGCAACGUGUACAUGCAGAUUUGCAUUUUAAAAAAGAAGAGACUCUAGAUCCUGAAGGAUCUUUCCUGUUAGGGAAAAUGAACCAGCAUUCUGUUCAAUUUGAAGGCGCCAUUUGCCAGUUUGAUAUUUAUCCUUCGGCCAAGGCAGCUCAUAAUUAUUGUAAGUACAUUAAAAAACAGUGCAGGCAGGCGGAUACCUAUCGGCCUAACCUCCUUCCUCUCAUUCCCUUGAUAACUAGAGAUCCAAAUGUUACUGUUACCUUCAACACCCAUCUAUCCCAAACUGAGAUAACCAAAAAGGGUUUAAAUGUUACCCUCCCUUUAGAAAAUACUGGGACUCCUUUUAGAUUGCUAACACAAACUAAUAAUUUGACAGCACCCUCCACUGCACAGGAUUUUUUACCAACCCCACAUCCCGGGACUAAUGCUCCACCCCUACAAGCUACUGCCCCAACUAUAACUUUAAGGACACUACAAAACUCCCAACAAGCCAGGAUCCAAACCGUCACAAUGCCUCUCAGGAUCAGUAGUGAUUCCUCUAAAUUGGUUCCCGUAAAAACUCCCGGUGCAGCACCAAAGCAAGUUUCCCGAAUGGGGCAAGACCUUCCCAGUAAGACCACCACGGGACCAGACGGCAAAAAGAAACCAAAAAGCGUUGGCGCUGCCACGCCUGCCGCACCGAAACCAACGAAAAAGAAACUGGAACUCCAAACCCUCGCGUCAGGAUCAGACAGACUGGCAGAACUCCCAAAGAAACAGCCUCCGCUGAAAAAGAAACCUGAGCCGAAAGUGACGACUCCACGCUACCAAACCAAACCCACCACCUCCUUUGUGCCCUUCACUCCCGCUGCCACAGACGGCUUCCAAACCUACAACUUGGACCCGACUCUGUACUCUCUUCUGACUGGACCUCCGGGGCUGAAAGGGGAACCAGGACCACCGGGACUCUCCGGACCGCCGGGAAAACCAGGACUGUCAGGAAAGAGGGGGCCACGGGGUCCACCUGGUCCACAUGGAAACCCAGGACCCCCUGGCUUCCCUGGUCUCAAGGGAAGAAAGGGAGAUCCUGGCCUUUCACCUGGAAGGGCACCAAAUGGACAAAAGGGAGACCGUGGGCGAGUGGGCUCACCUGGUUUGCCUGGAGAAAGUGGUCGAAAGGGACAUAAAGGCUACCCUGGAUCUCCAGGACACCCAGGAGAACCAGGGGAGCGUGGCCCAGAUGGAAGCCCAGGUGCCAAAGGUUAUCCUGGCAGGCAGGGGUUACCAGGACCAAUAGGAGAUCUGGGGCCCAAAGGUGCUCGGGGCUUUAUAGGAAUCCCAGGGCUUUUCGGGCUGCCUGGACCUGAUGGAGAAAGAGGUGUCGCUGGAGCUCCGGGGAAGAGGGGCAAGAUGGGUAGGCCGGGAUUUCCAGGUGACUUUGGAGAAAGAGGACCACCAGGCCCAGAUGGAAACCCGGGAGAAUUGGGAGCCCCAGGUCCGUCUGGAGUUUGUGGACUCAUUGGUGAUAUGGGGACUGCUGGGGAAAUGGGUAUUCCAGGACCGCAAGGAUUAAAGGGGCUGACCGGAAACCCAGGAGAACCAGGACUGAAAGGUGAUAAGGGUGAAGUCGGACUUCCUGGGAUACCUGGAGAGAUUGGGUUUCAAGGUGACAAGGGUAUUGCCGGAUUGCCAGGGAUGUCAGGUGUGAGGGGGAAAGCUGGCCCACAGGGGAAGCCUGGUGAGAGAGGUCCAGAUGGUUUAGCAGGCCCGCCAGGCCCAGAGGGAUUUCCAGGCGAUAUUGGACCGCCGGGACAAAACGGCCCCGAAGGCAUAAAGGGGAAGCCAGGAGCAAGGGGUUUACCUGGGCCAAGGGGGGUGUCUGGGCAGGAGGGAGAUGAAGGGCCACCAGGACCACCAGGGGCCCCAGGCUUGGAGGGCAGACCUGGUAGAAAAGGAUUUCCUGGGAGCCCUGGCCCUGAUGGUUCAAAGGGUGAACCUGGUAUUACUGGAAAGGUUGGAAAACUUGGUGAACGGGGCUUGAUGGGGUUCAUUGGGCCUGUUGGAGAAUCUGGAAUUGCAGGGGAAAAGGGUGACCGGGGUGAAAUGGGGCUGCCCGGGCCUCCAGGAGUAAAGGGAGCGAUGGGGCAUCCAGGAACACCAGGUGGGACUGGCCCUACAGGACCUCCUGGGCCACCAGGACUUCCAGGAUCUCGUGGACCAAUUGGUACAAAAGGACCUAAAGGCAGACGGGGUGCCAGAGGGCCUGACGGUCCGUCCGGGGAGCUGGGGUCAUCAGGAGUCAAGGGUCCUGAAGGGCAACCAGGCAAACCUGGCAUUGAUGGUCAGCAGGGUAAGAUCGGAGAGCCAGGUGAAGCAGGUCCGCGAGGCUUUCCGGGAAUUCAAGGACCUACAGGCCCACCUGGAGCAAAAGGAAUUCCAGGACAGCCGGGACAACAAGGGCCGUUGGGUAUGGUGGGACCAUUGGGAGAAAUUGGGCACAAGGGUCCUUCAGGACAAAUCGGUGAGCCAGGUCUCCCAGGCGAACCAGGUGAUAAAGGUGAACUUGGACCCGCUGGGGGUGCAGGUGAACCAGGGCUAAUAGGCCAACGUGGGGAGCCAGGUCUGGAGGGAGAAGCUGGAUCAAUGGGGCCUGAUGGGAUUAAGGGUGAAAAGGGGGACCUCGGUGUGGAGGGGGAGAAAGGAGAAAAAGGAGAGCUUGGACUGAAAGGAAAGGAAGGUCCACCCGGCGAUCCGGGAAUGACAGGCAUCAGAGGUCCUGAAGGAAAACCUGGAAAAGCUGGCGAAAGAGGCAAACCUGGCCAAAAGGGUAUUAAAGGUCACCAGGGUUAUCUGGGAGAGACUGGCGUCAUUGGCAAGCAGGGCGCUGUGGGCUACACCGGGCCGAAGGGAUCGAGAGGCACACUUGGACCUGUGGGAGCGCCAGGUCGAAUGGGGCAGCAAGGAGAGCUAGGUUUACCAGGAUAUGAGGGCCAUCAAGGAUCUCAAGGACCUAUCGGACCCCCAGGACCCAAGGGUGAAAAGGGUGAGCAAGGGGAUGAUGGGAAGGUGGAGGGGCCUCCCGGUCCACUGGGAGACAGAGGUCCUGUUGGAGACAGAGGGGACAGAGGUGAAUCUGGCGAUCCUGGCUAUCCAGGACAACAAGGACUAGAUGGGGAGAGGGGGAAACCUGGAGCGCAGGGUUUGCCUGGAGAUCCUGGACCACCAGGACAGCCAGGGCCUAAAGGAUCUAAAGGCUAUGAGGGUGAAAAAGGAAAACAAGGUGUUCGGGGUGAACCGGGCAGCACUGCUCUGCCGGGUCCCUUGGGUCCUCCUGGGCACAGAGGAGUGGUGGGUCGCCAGGGGCAGGAAGGGGUGCCCGGCGUGGACGGAAUUCCAGGGAAGGAUGGCAGACCCGGAAUGCCGGGGGAGCAGGGAGACGAUGGAGGAAUAGGAGCUCUCGGAAAGCUUGGACAGCGUGGUAAUAUCGGUUUGCCUGGACUUCCUGGACCUCAGGGAUCACCUGGAUUUAAGGGUGAGCGAGGUUUGCCUGGACAGAGUGGCCCGACUGGAAAGCGAGGGACGGUGGGAGGAAUGGGAAGGCCAGGGAACCGAGGUGAUCCAGGACCAAAAGGGCAGCCAGGUGACACUGGAGAACCAGGGUUUCCUGGCAUCCUGGGUGUGUUUGGACCAAAGGGACCUAACGGAGACCAAGGACCUGUCGGUAUUCAGGGCCCUAAAGGGCCACAAGGACUGAUGGGAAAAGAAGGCCUGCUGGGUCCUAUAGGAAUUAUAGGGCCCACUGGAUAUCCAGGACAUAAAGGGGACAAGGGGAACCGAGGUGAAAUUGGCCUACAAGGACCAAGAGGACCCCCAGGACCACGUGGACCCCCUGGGCCACCAGGCCUUCCAGGAAUUUCACUAACACUUAAAAACGAAGCUCUUGGUGCUGCUCUGCAGGUUUUUAUUGACUCAAACACAGCACUCAGGACAGAGAACUAUCCGAACUUGGACCUUCCAAUGCUGGACGAGGGAACAGAGAUCUUUAAGACCCUGCACUACCUCAGUAACCUGAUCCACAGCAUCAAAAACCCUCUGGGAACCCAACUCCAUCCCGCACGCAUCUGCAGAGACCUCAAGGAUUGUGAACAGAGAAUGAACGAUGGCACUUAUUGGAUUGACCCAAAUCUUGGCUGCUCCUCGGAUACCAUUGAGGUGACAUGUAACUUUACCAAUGGAGGGCAGACAUGCCUCAAACCUGUCUCUGUUUCCAAGUUGGAGUUUGCUGUGGGCCGUGUUCAAGUUAAUUUUCUCCACCUGUUAAGCUCGGAAGCUGUGCAGCAUAUAAUCAUCCACUGUCUGAACGUUCCCGUCUGGAAAUAUGGGAACUCUGACACACCUGCAAAAGAUGCUGUCAAAUUCAAGUCAUGGAAUGGCCAAACGAUUGAGGCGGGAGGGCAGAAUCUACCAGACGUCAUCGAAGACGAUUGCCGGAUUAAAGAUGGACGUUGGCAUCAGACACAUUUUGUGUUUCACACCCAGGACCCAAAGCUGCUUCCUAUUGUAGACGUACUUAACCUGCCACCAACGAAGCCCGGAAUACAUUACCACCUCGAAGUUGGACCUGUAUGUUUCCUAUAAACUUAUGCUUUGAUCGCACACCACGUCACAUCUUUUUCAGCUUGGGUCUUUUUAACAGGACAGUUUUCUCAAGACCAGAGUGGAUUAAUCACUUCCAACCAGUUUUCAGAAUGAGUCUGUUUUAAAGCAUGAGUGAACUGCAAGAGCUGCAAAAGGGUUAGUGGAAUAGGAUGACAGAAACAUGGGGAAGCUGUCGAAGAACUAGGGGAUAUACAAUGUCUUCUUGGACAAGUGAAACUACAGUGAUGCAGUUCUGGGCUUUGAAAGAAUGUUUUAUUUUUGGGCAAAGUGUGGUGGAUAUCCGACCUCGACAUCUGCCAAAGAGUCAUUCUGGGACAAAAAUAUUAACUUAUUCUUUUUACAUAUCUGU